CAGCGUCUCGCGGACUGCCGUUUGUCAAGAUGACGAAUGAGGCACUAAUUCAACUGCAAUCGGCAACAGCUGGGAAUCGCAACAGCGAGCUUUCCGCUCGCGACAAAAAUUGCAGAAAGACCGUCGCUCCAAGUUUUGCGCACCACGAGAUGUCGCCGAGGUCGUUUCAUCGCCCAGAGGAUGGCUGUCCUGACGAGGUCGUCGUAGUCGGCGAGGAAGCAACGUGGCGAGCGUUUCGGAGCACAUGACCGUCCGCGAACGCCAUCGUUCACACGCGUCGACUGCGAGCGAAUCGCACGUGCGAAUCACGCCGCGUUUUGCAAAGUGCAUGUCGCGCUGCAGCGUCACGAUGCAAUCUCGCGAUUUCCGCAUGCUUUCAGCCGAGUUCUCUCAUGAAUCGCUCGACGAUCGGGUCCGGUGCCGUCGAGACUUCAUGUGACGAUUACGUAAAACCGUCAUCGUCGACGCGGCCUAUGGGGGUAUACGAGCGACGGACAUUGUGAUAGGCAUUCUUGCGCAAUGCUGGAAAUAAAACGCGACCUACAACAGUCCGUUACUGAUCGAGGUCGCGCGAUCGCACGCCGCGUUAAAACACUCGUGUGACGACGGUCUGCAAGGCGACGCGAUUGAAGUCCGGGCCGGGCGAAUCGAAUCGGGAGUGUGCGACGAUCGCUCGAAGAAUUCACGCGUGUUCAGCGAGCGUUUUCCAAGACUGAUUUCAAGAUAGGCUCUCGAGUCGGCUGUUACCCGCGAUUAUGCAAACACAUCAACGUGCCGGGAUGCCGCGCGUGUGUUGCGUACGACUGCGCAGGUGUGAAUCACGUGUGCUACCGGCGACAGGGGUCUCCACACACAGGUAAUCUGGAUAUUAUCGUUCUGAAUUCUGCGGCUGAUAACACGCGCUAUUCUAAUCGGAUUGGUGCUGAUACAAGGAGUGUUCUCGCAGGAUCACAUCGCAAAAAAACUAGUUCAGCGAAUUCCACACCGGGACGAGUAUAUACGUAAACGUCUGUAAUCAGCGGGGUAAGCUACGAUCAAGCAGCAGACUUUGCACGAAUAUCGAGCGUGUGAGACGGUUGUGAGAUAAAAGUCGAGAAGUAUCGAGUAAUUUGUAUCGAAAGGCAAACUAUUUGACAAAAAGUACAAAAGAUGGCGAAAAAAUUCUGUCCUGAUAAGGAGCUAUCAUCUAAUAAAGAAAUAAAUAAGUUAUCUCCAAUAUCGUUCGAAAUGGUUGUGGAUGAACAUACCAAGCCAUUGAAGAAAAAGAAGAAGCUCUUCGUGAAACUCCAACCAAUACAAGAGCAUAAAAAUGAGAAUGUUCCAAUCUCUCCGAGAAAAUGCAAAAGAAUUGGAAGUACGGAGGAUUCUCCUGCUUUUUCUUAUACUCAGCCAGUAGUGACUAAAAAUGCUUUUAAAAAAUUAGAAGAAAUAAAGAAGGAUAUCGUUCAAUGGAAUAUUCAGGCCUUAAAGAAGAGUUCAUCUCAUGAAAAUAUUCAGGUCGUGAAAAAGGAGUCCUGUGCCGAUAAUGAAAAAAUGGUACCAGAGAUCGAAGUACCAAGUGAUUCUUCGUCUUCUCACGAAGUUUCAACGGCAGAGGGGACAUCGUUUUCUCACGAUGACGUCGAUUGGAACGAAAUAGACGAGGGGGUUUUGAACGAAAAUGUACAAACCAUGGAUGAGGUGCCCUCUGAUAAGAAUGAUCAGUCGGUACAAGAAGAGUCUUCUAAUAAGAACAUCCAGAGUAAAGACGAGGAAUUUCUUCAUGAGUCUCUCGAUAAAACUAUUCAGGCCGAAGAGGAGGAAUACUGUCACGAAAAUGUUCAGACCGUGGAAGAGGGACAUUCUCAUAAAAAUGAUCAGUCGGUACAAACGAAGUCUUCUCAUGGGAAUGUUCAGAUCAUGGAAGAAAGUUCUUCCUAUAGCAAUACUGAGGAACUAUACAAGAACUUAUUGACGGUAUUCCAGACAAUAAAAAAUCUUUUCUUCCAUGAAAAUGUUUCAACCUGCAAGGAGAUUUUAAAGGAGAUUCUUAGUGAAAAUAUCCAGAAUUUGGAAAAGCAACUCUCUCAUAAGGAUGAUAUCAUAAGGUUGCUAUCAGAGAAGCCUUACUGUAAGAAAAAACAGGAAGGAUCUUCCCAUGAAAAGGUUCAGGCCGUAGAAGAAAGUUUUUCCCAUAGCGAUAUCGAGGAAAUACGCAAGAACUUAUUGACGAUACUCCAAACAAUAAGAAAUCAUUUCUUUCAUGAAAAUGUUAAAGUUUCCGUGGAGGUUCCAGAAGACAUUCUCAAUGAAAACGUCCAGAACUUGGAAGAGCGACUCGCUUCUAAGAAUGAUCAGUUGAUACAAGAGAAAUCUUGCUAUGGAAAAAAUCAGACAAUACAAGAGAAGUAUUCGUACAAAAGUGACCAAGAUGGACAGGAAGGAUUUUCCGAUGAAAAUGUUCAGACUAUGGGUGAGAAAUUCCCUCGUAGAAAUGAUCAGUUGGUACAAGAGGAGUCUUCUCACGAGAACCUCCAGGGAGGAGACGGAGAGUUUCUUCGCGAGUUUCUCGAUAAGUCUAUUCAGACCGUAGAGAAGAAAUACUCUCAUGAGACUGUGGAAAAAGAUUGUUCUCAUAGGAAUGAGGAGUUGGCACAAGAAAAGUCUUCUCACGAGAACGUUCAAGCCAUGGAAGAGAACUCUUCCCAUAACAAUACCGAAGAACUACGCAAGAACUUAUUGACGAUACUCGAAACAAUAAAAAAUCUUUUCUUCCGUGAAAAUUUUCAAACCUCCAAGGAAGUUCUAAAGGAGAUCCUCAGAGAAAAUAUGCAGAACUUGGAAAAGCAACUUUCUCGUAAGAAUGAUCAGUUGAUACGAGAGAAGCCUCACUAUAAAAAGAAUCAGCCGACACGAGGAGAGUAUUCGUACGAAGAUGACCAGGACGAACAGGAAGGAUCUUCUCAUGGAAAUGUUCAAGUUAUACGGAGUUAUGAGGAGUCUUCUCAUGGGAAUGAUCCGCUGGUACAAAAGGAGUCCUUCCAGAAGGAACCAGAAAAACUCUUGUGUAAAAAUAAUAGCGAUAUAGAGAAUGGGUCCUCCGACAUACAUCAGAUAAUAGAAGAUCAAGUGGCAGAGGUGCAAAUCAUCCAAGAAAACAAAGGAUGUUGCAUAUGGUUACAAAAAAUAUCAGUAGAACCAACUAUGUGGUUAUAUAUGAUGGCCUUCAUGUUCACAUCAGUGGUUGAGCAAGCCUUUUUCGUACAUAAAGCGUGCCGGGUGGAUCAUGGAUACUCGGAAGAAAUCUGUCUGCACCUGAACGAGAAUAAGAACAUACAAACCGAAGUGCAGAAAACCGUCUCGGAAUUCCAGCAAUGGUACAAUCUCGCCGGACAUAUCAUCCCUAUCAUUUUAGCGUUAUUCUUCGGCAACUGGAGCGACCGGCGCGGACGCAAAUUGCCGCUCGUCAUCGGUCUGAUAGGCAAAUUGAUUUACUCCUUCAUGAUCGUGAUCAAUUCCCUAAUGCCGAAUUGGAAUCUGAAUAUGGUGAUAUACACGGCUGUUGUACCGAUGGGUCUACUGGGCGGCGACGUUAUAAUCUUUGGCAGCUGCUUCGCUUAUUUAACGGACAUAUGUUCGUACGAAGAGAGAACUAUGAGGAUCACGAUUCUGGAUAUCGUGUACCUCAGUACUAUGCCUACGGGUAUCGCACUUGGAUCUUACGUAUUCGCCAAUGUGGUCAACUCAUCUUACACGAUUAUGUUCGCCAUAAACGCGAGCUUGCUCAUACUGGCAAUUGUUUACUCGCUCGUGAGACUCAAAUGGCAAUCGUCGCCGGAACAACAAUCACUCAUCGGCGUUAAUUUUCUGAAGGAUUUCUUCGACACCGAUCAUGUUCGACAGACUUUGAGUAUGAUGAUUAAAUCGAGGCAAAAUAACGCAAGAGCAUGCUUAGCACUAGUCAUGUUGUCGAUGUGCUUGUACACGUUCCAACGGGAAGAGCGGUCCAUGAGCUACCUGUAUACUCAGCUGGUCUUCAAUUGGGACGUAGUAACAUUCAGUUACUUCCGAACGUUUCAGUCAUCGUUUUACGUGGCAGCGAUGCUGCUUGCAAUGCCAUUGAUGAAACAUACUCGAAUGAAGGAUACUGCGAUCACAAUAGUCGGGGCAAUAUCACAUGCAACAGGAAGACUGGUAUUUAUCGCAGCGAACAGAGGGGAAUUAUUUUAUGUUGGUGCUGUCGCCGCCGCAUUAGGACCCGUGGUGGCUCCUGCGCUUAGAUCUAUGGCUUCUAAAUAUGUACUGGUAGAAGAGCGAGGGAAGGUGUUUGCGAUACUCUCCGUAUUCGACAAUGCAGUCCCGCUAAUCAGCAGUGUUUUGUACUCGCAAAUUUACAACGCCACCAUCUACACGGUGCCAAACUUUAUAUAUUGGUUGACAUUUAUAACGCAAAUAUGUGUUAUAUUAUUGGCUAUAGUAAUCAGCUUGGCACCGUGGAAUACACGCGCGAUAAGAAGAUUGUUUUAUAACAAUGAACUUUUAGAAUCCACGUAACUAAUCAAUAAUCUAUUUUAUAAAUAUUUUAUAGUAUUUUUUGUUGUACUUUUUCUUUAAAAAUUUUAUCUUUAAAAGUUAUUACGGUAAACAGCUAUUCACCGAUGAUCUUAGAAUAUUUAAUUCCAUUUGUUGUAUACAUAUUAUGUAUCUAAGAUCAUCGGGAACACAAGUUUUAUCUAAGACAGAUGUUUAUAUCUGCAACAUUUACAAUUUAGAUCAUAAAAUAUUUCGGGAAGUUAAUGCAAAGAUCCUAAUUUGAAAUUUACUUCAGAUUUAAUUUAGAUUUACUUUAAUCGAUAAGUUACGAUAAAAUUCUGUUCAUAAUAUUU